GCUGUACUGUGCGGAGAGCCCUGCAGGCUUGGUCGGUCUCUCACUGCCAUCUUUGUUUCAGCUGCUGGCCUCCAGCCAUGUGACACCAAACAUGUUUGCUGGGGUGUACAAAAUCCGGAAGCUGCUGCUGCCUCCAAGGCUGUUCUCCAUGCUGCUCCAUGGCCUCGUCACACUGUCAGAGUCACCUGACUCGGCAAGGAAAAUACUGGUCAUGCUGCCAGACUUGACGAACAUCCUGCUCAGUGUCCACAGUGACGACAAGAUGAGGGCCCUGCUCAUAUUCAGAAACGUGAUGGGUCAUUUGAAGAAGCAGGCCAGAUCCAUCGCUCUGGAGCUGGCCAGGCGGCUCCGUCAUCUCUUUGAUGAUGAGUGCAGCCAGAUACGAGAGCUCUCCAUCUGCCUCUUCAAAGACAUAAUACAGAUGGCGGAUUGGAAGGACAAGCGGCAGAUGCAGAAGAAGGUGCGGAGGAGCCUGGUCCCACUCGUGUUGCACAUGAGUGAUGAGAUGGAGAGCGUGGCCAAGGCCUCUCAGGAAGCCCUUUGGGCAGCUGCGAAGGUGCUCAAAUGCAAAGGGCUAAGUCCCCAUGUGGAGACACUGGAGAGAUGGAGAACUGUGGAGCUCUUGCUGGAGCAGGAGCAGAGCAGAGCUGAAGAAUACGUGGGUCAGAGCCUGCUUUACCUGCAGCACGCUCAGGUCAGCGUGAGACUGGCAGCCGUGAGGUUCAUCGGGCUGGCCGCGCGGUGCCUGAAGGACAACAGCAGGGACAUGCUUCUGAAGGUCUGGGAAGGUAAGCAGGGACAGUGCUGUGUGUGCUGGGGCUGGUGGGGCAGGGGACAGAGCCUGGGCAGCGUGCUGCCAUGCCCUGUCCUGCUCCAGGGAACAUCUCGGGGGCAUUUGUUGCAUUCCUGAGCAGCAGGUUCCACGUGAUCCGUUUGCCCCACCUGCGCCUCCUGACCGGGGAAAGGGAUGGCUGGGGCUGGCAUGGUCUGGAAGGGAUGCCUGCUGGCCUCUGCAGAUUGCUGGGUUUCAGCUCUGCUCUCUUUCCUUCUGUUGCAGCCCUCCAUG